AUGAAGUACGAUAAACAGUGCAAAUUUUGUGAAGAGAUUUAUGAUAAAUUAAUUUCAAGUAGAAUUACACUAAAAAGUAAAACAAAAUCAGAUGGUACUAAAUGGAUAUCAGAAAUUCAACGUUUACUGAGCAAUAAAAGAAAGAUCGAGAUAGGACAUGAAAAAAUAUCAUAUUUAGAGUCUCCAUUACAUAUUUGUGCCACGACUAACAGUAAACAAGAUAUUUUAGGAAAUGUAUCAGAAGAAAGAAUUAUUAAAGACAAGCAAUCAUUCAAAUAUGUUUUCCCUGAAAUAAACACGGAGCAUCGUGAUUUAAUUAAAUAUACAAGUUCUACUGAAUUGGUUAAAAAUGUACGAGAACAAACUAAAAUAAAAACAGAUAUCGCAAGAAACAAAUUGGAACUGAAUGAAACCACUAAAAUUAGUAAAAGAAAACGUACUUCUCCAUCACGUAUAGCUAUUGAAGUAGAAAAUAAGUAUAUACAAAAGAUUGAGUCUGACUCAAAAGCAGGAAAAACAAUUAAUAUACACAAAAGAAGGCUUCAAGGUGGAAGAGAUAUAAAUGAAUUGGCAUCCACGAAACCGAAAUUAGUAGAAUCAUAUUCAGGUGACAGAGAUGUAAUGGCAAAAUAUACUAAUUUAACGACAAAUGAAGGUAAAAAAAAUGAUGUGGGGAAAGGAGAAAAAAAUCAUUCAAAAGGUGUAAAAGAUAGUGGUGGUGAUAUUGCUAAAAAGGAUAAGCUUAAAUCUAAAAGUUUAAAAAAAUCCCAAUUAGUAAGUAACACAAAAGAACCUGAACAUAAAACUAAUGGCAAAUCUUUAGCCUCAGAAUUCAUAAAACGAAGAAAAAAUACAAAGGAAAAUAGCAAACCGUAUCCAAAUGAUUUUGAUAAAAAGGGUAAACUAAAAUCUCAAAUCUCAAAAGAAUCCCAAUUAAAAGGCAACACUAAACAAGCUCAACGUAAAACUAGAAGUAAAUCUCUUGCUUUAGAAGGCUUAAAUUUACAUCGAGUGAAGGUUCGAAAAGCUUCUAUUGAUGACUUACAAUUGAAUACUGUAAAAGUGAAACAUUCUACUUUUCCUCCAGAAAAGCAGAUAAAACUCACUCAGCUUUCCGAUAUAAAUAUUUCACCAACAAUCAUUCGAAAACAUCAGACGCAUAAGAGUAGCAAGUCAUUGAGUGAUUCAGAUUCUGAACUAGACAACAUUGACGUACAAAGAGAUCGAGUAAAUGAAGUUAGUGAAAUUAUAAUUGGUCAAAAAAUUUUAAAACGUAGAGCGCCUUUUAUUAAUAAAACAAAUAAAAAAGCAUUUGAUCCUAUGUUAUUUGAGUCGUCAUUAAAAAAAAAUGAAAUAAAUUUGUUACCAAAAGAAAAGAAUGGAAAGAAUUCUUCAGUUACUGAACAUAUAUCUGUAAGUAAAUUUAUAUAA